UCAGCUCCCGAGGCCACUGCAGCUCCCCCAGGGCCACUCAGCUCCCGAGGCCGUGCAGCUCCCAGGGCCACUCAGCUCCCGAGGCCGUGCAGCUCCCAGGGCCACUCAGCUCCCGAGGCCGUGCAGCUCCCAGGGCCACUCAGCUCCCGAGGCCGUGCAGCUCCCGAGGCCGUGCAGGAAGGUCUGCAGAAAGGAUCUCAUCUGCAGAUGGUUUUGCUGAAUCUGGGACGAACUGGCGGCCUUCCUGUGAUCUGUCCAGGGUCCAGACAUCUGGUGUGGGAGAAAGACUUAUAAACAACACAUGUCACAUGACCGGAUGAGGUAAGACCUAUAAACAACACAUGUCACAUGAUCGGAUGAGGUAAAACCUAUAAACAACACAUGUCACAUGACCGGAUGAGGUAAAACCUAUAAACACAUGUCACAUGACCGGAUGAGGUAAAACCUAUAAACAACACAUGUCACAUGACCGGAUGAGGAUUUAAGGAUUUAACUACAAUGACAACAUACGUUUCCCCAAAUGUUAUACGAAAAAUAAUGUUUUGGUAUUGAUGGACUGCCACUACAAGGCUGCUAUUGAUGGAUACCAUUGGACUGCCACUACAAGGCUGCUAUUGAUGGAUACCAUUGGACUGACACUACAAGGCUGCUAUUGAUGGAUACCAUUGGACUGCCACUACAAGGCUGCUAUUGAUGGAUACCAUUGGACUGCCACUACAAGGCUGCUAUUGAUGGAUACCAUUGGACUGCCACUACAAGGCUGCUAUUGAUGGAUACCAUUGGACUGACACUACAAGGCUGCUAUUGAUGGAUACCAUUGGACUGCCACUACAAGGCUGCUAUUGAUGGAUACCAUUGGACUGCCACUACAAGGCUGCUAUUGAUGGAUAUCAUUGGACUGCCACUACAAGGCUGGUAUUGAUGGAUACAUUGGACUGCCACUUCAAGGCUGCUAUUGAUGGAUACCAUUGGACUGCCACUACAAGGCUGCUAUUGAUGGAUACCAUUGGACUGCCACUACAAGGCUGCUAUUGAUGGAUACCAUUGGACUGCCACUACAAGGCUGCUAUUGAUGGAUACCAUUGGACUGCCACUACAAGGCUGCUAUUGAUGGAUACCAUUGGACUGCCACUACAAGGCUGCUAUUGAUGGAUACCAUUGGACUGCCACUACAAGGCUGCUAUUGAUGGAUAUCAUUGGACUGCCACUACAAGGCUGCUAUUGAUGGAUACCAUUGGACUGCCACUACAAGGCUGCUAUUGAUGGAUACCAUUGGACUGUCACUACAAGGCUGCUAUUGAUGGAUACCAUUGGACUGCCACUACAAGGCUGCUAUUGAUGGAUACCAUUGGACUGCCACUACAAGGCUGCUAUUGAUGGAUACCAUUGGACUGUCACUACAAGGCUGCUAUUGAUGGAUACCAUUGGACUGCCACUUCAAGGCUGCUAUUGAUGGAUACCAUUGGACUGCCACUUCAUUGUAUUUUCAGUUACAUUCUGGUCAAUAAAAAUGGUUGACAAUUUUGUUCUUUGUAAGAAAUACAUGGAACUACAACAGAAUAAAACACCAUUAACCAUCAUGCAUUGCUUACAUUCAUUCUAUACUGAAAAGUAUGUUCAGAAAAAUCAAAAACAGUACAUAUAGGCAUACAACCACAAAGUUUUAAUAGGGAAUAAAACAAUACAAAAUAUCUAUAUAUUCAUAACGUAAAAUAAAUAAAUGAAAUACAGGCGAUCGCGUCCAUGGUUGUUGCAAAGGCUUGUCGUCUACUGGUUAAAUUUGUGUCUUUCCGCACGAAUUAAGUAGCAAAUAAAUUAGUGUAUUUUUGAAGGAAUUGAGCCACACGAAAAUGCACAAAAACGCACGAAAUCUACUGAAAUACAUUUUGUACAUAUAUUUUAUGAUAUACUGUAUAUGCAUAUGUAUGUAUAUGUGCGAAUUGAAUGUGAGGCUGGGCUGGAAUUGCAGUAACAAGAAAACAGGCUACAAUAGCAUCGAGGCCAACUUCCUCUACUGUCUGCUUGGACCAGCACGGGUAUAUGGAUCCCCAAGGAAACCAUCAAAGCCCACUGUCUGCUUGGAUCAGCACGGAUAUAUGGAUCCCCAAGGAAACCAUCAAAGCCCACUGUCUGCUUGGAUCAGCACGGAUAUAUGGAUCCCCAAGGAAACCAUCAAAUCCCACUGUCUGCUUGGAUCUGCACGGAUAUAUGGAUCCCCAAGGAAACCAUCAAAGCCCACUGUCUGCUUGGAUCAGCACAGAUUUAUGGAUCCCCAAGGAAACCAUCAAAGCCCACUGUCUGCUUGGAUCUGCACGGAUAUAUGGAUCCCCAAGGAAACCAUCAAAUCCCACUGUCUGCUUGGAUCAGCACGGAUAUAUGGAUCCCCAAGGAAACCAUCAAAUCCCACUGUCUGCUUGGAUCAGCACGGAUAUAUGGAUCCCCAAGGAAACCAUCAAAUCCCACUGUCUGCUUGGAUCUGCACGGAUAUAUGGAUCCCCAAGGAAACCAUCAAAGCCCACUGUCUGCUUGGAUCAGCACGGAUAUAUGGAUCCCCAAGGAAACCAUCAAAUCCCACUGUCUGCUUGGAUCAGCACGGAUAUAUGGAUCCCCAAGGAAACCAUCAAAGCCCACUGUCUGCUUGGAUCAGCACGGAUAUAUGGAUCCCCAAGGAAACCAUCAAAGCCCACCUGCCACCUGAGUUCAAGGACUAUCCAGACACCCAGGUAGUGAUGGACUACACUGAACUCCACUACCAGACACCCAGGUAGUGAUGGACUGCACUGAACUAAAAUGCCAGACACCAUCUUCACUACUACUGCAGAGUGAGGUGUUUUCUUCCUACUAGACACACUGUACCUUUAAGGGCAUGUUGGGAACGUCACCACAUGGAGCUGUCACUGCUGUGUCAUGGUUGUGUCCUGGAUCUGUGAGUGACAAGGAGAUCUGCAAGCAGUCUGGAAUUAUUUCCUCACUCACCCCUGACAUGGCCAUUAUGGUGGAUAAGGGCUUUCUCCUAGAUGACAUGGUUCCAUCUACCAGCCAACCUUUCUGUCAAGACGUACCAGCACAUGAGGUUAGGAAGACCCAAUCCAUUACCAGGCUAAGAGUGCAUGAGGUUAGGGAGACCCAAUCCAUUACCAGGCUGAGAGUGCAUGAGGUUAGGAAGACCCAAUCCAUUACCAGGCUGAGAGUGCAUGAGGUUAGGAAGACCCAAUCCAUUACCAGGCUGAGAGUGCAUGAGGUUAGGGAGACCCAAUCCAUUACCAGGCUGAGAGUGCAUGAGGUUAGGAAGACCCAAUCCAUUACCAGGCUAAGAGUGCAUGAGGUUAGGGAGACCCAAUCCAUUACCAGGCUGAGAGUAUAUGAGGUUAAGGGAGACCCAAUCCUUUACCAGGCUGAGAGUGCAUGAGGUUAAGAGAGACCCAAUCCAUUACCAGGCUGCAUGUUGAAAGAUCCGUAAAAGAGCACCAGCUGUUAGACAGUCAUCCCCCUGACCAUCUCAGGAGGCUGUUUGACAGUCAUCCCUCUGACCAUCUCAGGAGGCUGUUAGACAGUCAUCCCCCUGACCAUCUCAGGAGGCUGUUAGA